AUGAAUCAAGUUACUGAAGUAACUAAUGAUACACGUACAGAAACAAAUACAUUCGGCCCGAUUCAAGUACCAUCAAAAUGUUACUACGGUGCCCAAACAGCACGUUCAAUGAUCCAAUUCAACAUCGGAUUACCGACUGAUCAAGUUCCAUUAGAAAUGAUAAAGGCACUCGUUAUUUUAAAAAAAGCAUGUGCGAUCGUGAAUCAAGGAUUUGGACUUGAAAACACAAUUUGUGUUGCAAUUGCUCAAGCAUGUGAUGAAAUUAUUCGCGACGAAUCUAAUGGUGAUUUUCCAUUAAGUAUUUUACAAACAAUAUCCGGUGCACAAAUCGAUAUUAAUGUUAAUGAAGUCAUUGCAAAUAGAGCAAUACAAAUACUCGGUGGGACUAUGGGAAGUAAGACGCCAGUUCAUCCGAGCCAUCAUGUGAAUAGAAAUCAAAGUUCGAAUACUACAUUUUCUACGGCUAUGCAUAUUGCUAUUAUAUUAGCGCUAAAUAGUCAGUUAUAUCCAGCAUUGAAUGGUCUUCAUGAUGUAUUAAAGAAAGCUGAAAAAUCAGCGAAGGUUUUUGAAAUUCAUCGACUACUUGCGCAAAAUAUUAAAGAGAUGGGAUGUGACGAAAAAUUUUCUGUUUGUGCCCAUCAAAUUGCCAUGGAAAUUCAACGUGUCAAAAGUUCUGAAAUAGAUUUAUAUGAAUUGUCAAUUGGCGGAGAAACCGCACCGGACUCUUUUGACAAUUUUGUUGUUGAAAAUUUACAUCACCAUAUUGGAUUAAAAUUUGUUAAUGCAUCAAACCAAAGCAAAGCAUUAGCAGCACACGAUACAAUGGCUAAAUUAUGUCGUGCACUGAACACAUUAGCCGAUACCUUGGGAAGACGAAAAAAUAAACGGUGUUUUUGA